GCUAUGGCAAAGGAGAAGAAGUCACUGAAGAAAGAACAGUUCCCAAGGCUGAGGCAGAGCUACUCAAUGAGAGACAAGAGAUACAGUCAAAUCAAGAGAUAGAGACAAAUCUGGAGAUAGAAAAAAGACAGAGUACUGAAAAUAAUAAGGUGACCCCAGCCGACUUAGAGAAUAAUCAAGUACAAGAAGUCACAGACGAAGAAAUGACUCCGUUGCCUGAGGCAGAACUACACAAAGAAAGUAAGGAGGGAGAUUCAAAACAAGAAACAACUCAGGAGAGAGUGGCAGACCAGGAUAUAGACACAAAUCAAAAGACAGAUAUUAACCAGAAUAUACAUCUUACCAAAGAAAUCUUAGUGUCGUCCUUAGAGAAUGAAGGAAGAUCAGUUACUAAUGUGUCUAGCACAGCAGACAUAGGACUCGAGACAGAAAAUAACGAAACUGUUUCGGUGCAUACUUUGCAAGCCACUAGGACAGAAUUAAAAGAGCAACCUAAAAUAUUACAAAACUCAGAAGUGAGAAUAGACGAAACAGAUUUUGACCAAGUAGAGGAAGUCACUGAAGAAAGAAAAGUUCCGGUGGCUGAGGCAGAGUUACACAAUGAGAAACAGAAAAUACUAACAAAUCAAGAGCCACAUCGGGAGAUACAAAAUAGACAAAGAACUGAAAAUAAUCAGGUCACCCCAGCCGAUUUAGGUAUUCAGUUAGGUAAUAUAUUUGAAACAUCUGAAGAUUCAAUUACAACAAGAAGUACUGAGUUCAGCAUUAGCAGAGGACAUACUAAAUAUAGUGUGUAUAGGUCACGUUCGAAUAGUGGAAAUAGCCGAAACCUUGCACAGUCGUCUGAGCAAAGUGUACAACAGUCAGUAUCGACGUUGGAAAAUGAAGAGGGCUCAUUUACUGAUGUAUGUGACAUUGUAGAACUAAGACUUGAAAAAGAAAAUGUUCAGUAUACUUUACAAGCCAAUAGCUUGGGACUAACAAAGCAACCUCAAAAAUCAGAAGAGAGAAUAGACGAAACUGGGCUUCAAGUGGUUUCUGAAGUUGGUAAUACAAGAACAAGCCUUGACGAUCGAAAACCUUCAAGAACCUUUAGCUCCUUACCUAACAAGCAUACCAAUGCAUCAGCACCACCACUAAAUCAGAGCAGGAAAUGUAAAUCUUUGGAAAACAACGGAAAACAAGCGGAUAUUAAAUCCAAAUCUAGGAACCUUAAUCAAAAUGGGCAACCAUUGGUAGCUGCGCGAGGUAUGCGAUCUUUAGCUGUUGAAUCGGGGCCACAAACCGGAUAUCGUAGUCCUUGGCCGGUUUACCCAAUACAAAACAUAGAAACAGAACAUUUUGAACAUCGAAGAGAAGCCGAACAAGCGGAUACUAUUAAUACUAUUCAGGAAACUGCUGGUGCUGCCUAUCAAUCAACAACGAUCCUUGAGUUAAAACGUCAAGAUGUAGACAAGACCGAAGAAAAUGAUGUAGACAAGACCGAAGAAAAUGAUCCGCUAUAUUCACAAGAUACACCAUCAGCAUAUAAUGUUGAAAUGCGAUCUAUGAAAGGUGCAACCGGACAGUUUGAAGAAGAUGGAAAUGUGGAGGAGAGAACAAACGACAAUGGAAGAAGAUCCGGAAAAGAUUUUCAAUCGACUGUAAAAAACGAGAAGGUAACACAAGCAGGGCAAGAAAAGAGGGUUCAGCAAGUAAAUGAUAUCCAUAGGUUUGAGGUAAAUCAUGAGCAAAAUAACUUACAAGAAGAGGAGAUUACGGGUGUAAAGAAGUUUAUGUCGGAACUUUACACGAAUUUAAUGAAGAUAGAGGAUGCAAAAGGAAGAGAAACACUCAUGAAAGAGUUAUUAGAAAAAUCGAGUAUGUAACUCUGAAAAUUAUGAAUGGUUAAGAUGGAAGAAAUCGACGUUUUGCUUGUUGUUUUCUUUUACAAUUUUGAAAAAACUGUAUAAGGAAAGAUUAAGUCUUAAGAAAAUAUAAUGUGUUGAUCAAUA